AUGAACCUUCUGUUCUACCUCUUCUUUUUCAUCCAUGCGCCCCCUGUUUACCCAACGGAUCAGAAGGCUUUGGAGGAUUAUGUGAACCUUCCUGACCCUCAUUACAGUUACACCCUUGUGUCUAAAGAGGAGCACCAUGAUUCCACUGUCUAUACCAUCAAUAUGACCUCACUGAAGUGGUUAGAUGAUUCUGAAGUGGAUAAAACAAUCUGGUGGCAUAUGAUGACCAUUGCUGUGCCCAAAGUAUAUAAGAAUGCACAGAUGAAGAAGUCAUGUUUCCUUUUGCUUGCUGGUGGAAGAAAUGGCGAUCCAGAAGAACCUGCUGAAUACUCUGCUGAUCAGAUUAAAACUCUAGCAGUCACAACUGGAUCUUAUUAUUUCCAGAAGCAUCCUUUUGGGAUGAAGAAUAUAACAGAAAAUAGUUUAUUUGCAUAUGUUUUAUGGAGAUUUAUUAAUGACCCAACCACUUCACUGGACUGGGUCAUCCAAUUCCCAAUGGUCAAGGCCACUGUGCGAGCCCUGGACACGGUUACAGAUUUCUUGCUGAAACAGACUUGUGAAGAUGUACAAAUCACCGAAUUUAUGCUAUUAGGUUCAUCCAAGCGUGGAUGGAUUGCUUGGUUGACUGCAGCCAUUGACAAGCGCGUGGUGUCAUUUGUCUCAGUCGUGAUGGACGUCCUGAAUUUUGUUGAGAAUUUACAUCACCAGUACAGAUCAUAUUGUGGCUGGAGUUUCGCACUGGCACCUUUCUACCACAUCAAUAUUACUCAACAGAUUGAUCAUCCCCGUUUUGAACUUAUUGCUUCAAAUAUCGACCCUUUGAAAUAUAAUGAGCAUUAUAUAAACAAAGCAAAGUACCUGCUUGUGGCAUCAGGAGAUGAAAUGGGCCAGCCUGACAAUUCUUAUUAUUAUUUUAAUCAGCUAACAGGAGAGAAAUAUCUCCGGAUCAUCCCAAAUACGAACCAUGCCUUAGCUUUCUAUGAAGACAAUAUUGGAGUUCCAACUGCCACUUUUUACCUUAUCACCAUGCAGAAUCAACAGCAUCCCCAGGUCCAUUGGAACAGGACUGUGAAAAAUACUGGAGGAGCUAUUUACUUUUCCACAGACCAGGAGCCUUCAUUGAUCUAUGCUUAUUAUGCUAACACUAAUGAUGAUACAAGGAGAGAUUUCAGGAUGCACGUGUUAUCUGGACAAGAAGCUAAAAGGAAUCCUAUUAAAUGGAAUCGUGCUAAGGUGAAGAAAGUGAGCACAAAUGUUUAUAAGAAAGAAAUCAAAAAUCCAGACAAAGGAUGGACAGGAUUCUUCAUUGAGGCUACAUAUUCCGGCUUUGAGGAUUCCAGUGAAAAAUUAGUAAUAACCUCUGAACUUCACAUAAUCCCAGAAACUUUUCCAUGCGAGGAUUGCGUUGGAGAAGAGUGCUAUAGCAAACUGGUCUGAGAACAUUCAACUAAAAUGGAAGAUGCCUUUGGAUGAUCACUAAGAAGAGUCAGAAAAGGGGUAGUCAUCCAAUUGCUGGAAUAACUUAGAAGAGGGAAUGGACAGUAUGUCCUUUCAGAUACUGCUGGGUCAGUAAUCUUCAGCAAUCUCUAUAACACGGCUUCCCCAUCUUUAGCAUAGGUGGGUCUGACUCACAUAUUUUGCAUAAAGCAAGCUAUUUUCAAGGAAUUGUCUGGGAAUCAUAGUGGUAACAAACAUUACUGAGUAGAUAUAGUUGCCUUCAAAUGAUUUUUCCCCCCACUCUUACUUAAUAAAAUUGUACUCUGCAUCACAUCUGGCUAAUUGGGAUUAAUGUACAUUUAAUAUAUGCUUGGAAUUACAAAGGGUUUGACGUUCUGCAAAAUGUUUGGCAAUCUGGAAGAAAAAAGGUUGGGUUGAUCUCGAUCUGAUUUCUGCAUGAAGAAUCUCUGAGUACAGGGCAGAAUUGAGGCACUUUUGUUACAUUUCACAAAGGAA